AAAUUUCAAUUUUGGGUUCAAUUUUUUGUUUUAAAAAUUUUGAUUUAUUCGAUACGGUUUUUUAUGGAAUAAAYCGUUUGCUCACCCCUAUAAAGGAUGUACUCCCGACCUGACUUAAUUCCAAUAUAAAAAAAUGUAAGACCAACCUAUACCACAUGCAACCAUAGAUUGCCACCUAGCGGUGCUGUUACCCCACUUCCCCACUUAGCGAGAAAGUGGACCCAAGCAUUCUCCGAGAAUUAGGGAUGUGCUUCUCCAACCACCUGGACGUAUCCCACUAAGGCAAGGCGCCUAUUGCACUGCUCGCCUUUCAUCCCCUGUUCUAGUUGAGGCAUGAGCUCUAUAUACAUAAAGGUAAGCAGUUGCUACCCGAGGCCAAUCUAUUGCAUUCUAAUUCCUGUUUCAGUGCCUUACCACCUCGAACAGCUCGACAGAUAUUAACUUAACCAUCAAAAUCCAUAGCUUUGGGACACCUAGCCAAGUCCUUCCACCAUUGUUUUGUGAGUUCGAGGGUCCCUCACAAAAUCAAGUUGAUCACUUUUGAUCUUCAUCACUCAUUAACACCAGCAAUCCCAUCAUGCAAAUUGAAAGUUGAAACCCAACUCAGUUUCUAAUGAGUUUAUCGGAACCAAUGCCAAUUGUUCGAUUGGCAAGAUUUGAGCUUAAAUUUCCGGAUCGUGUUAUGAGUUUGGCCCAAACCCAUUUAUAUUCUCUUUUUUACUAAAAGGAAAGGCUAAAAGCGGUUGCCACUUGCCAAAUGCCGACUCCCAAUUGACAAAGAUUGGACCUUCAGCAGCCACCGUUUCAACGUCAACCUCCACGGACCACAGUCGGAUAAUCACACACACCAUCACAGUUGUCAAACCAAACAAGGCAAAACUGAACCCUCCACAAAACCAAAGAAGAAAACAAGGAACCAGAAACAGAUUCAGUGAUCAAAUCCUUAUUUCAUGGCAAGAAAAGACCCAGAGAUCAUCACAGAAAAGGAUCUGAUGAGGAGAUGGUCAAGGUCCAUGAGAGCUCAAGGCAAGACCAUUGGCUUAGUCCCUACAAUGGGUUACCUCCACCAAGGCCACAUUUCACUCGUUAAAGAGGCCCAGGAACACGCCGACCUGAUUGUGGUCUCAAUCUAUGUAAACCCUUGUCAAUUCGCUCCAUCUGAAGAUUUGGCAACAUACCCAUCUGAUUUCCAAGGCGAUAUCGAGAAGCUGAGGGCUCUGUCUGGUGGGGUCGAUGUUGUAUUUCACCCGCAAAACCUCUAUGAUUACGGAACCAGUGGAGCGGUAUCAGAAAACAAUGAUGCCAGUGGCAACAGUUGUAGUAGUCAAAGUGGAGAUGACAAAGAAAAGAGAGCAGAGGGAGCGGCAGUGUCGUGCAUUGGAGAGAGACAAUAUGGGCAUGAGACGUGGGUUAGAGUUGAGAGGUUGGAGAAGGGAAUGUGUGGGAAGAGUAGGCCUAUUUUCUUCAGGGGUGUUGCUACUGUUGUCACUAAAUUGUUCAAUAUUGUGGAACCCGAUAUAGCUGUCUUUGGGAAGAAGGAUUAUCAGCAGUGGCGGAUUAUUUGCCGAAUGGUCCGAGAUCUUGAUUUCUCUAUAAAUGUGGUAGGUUCAGAAAUAGUACGUGAUGCUGAUGGGCUUGCAAUGAGUUCUAGAAAUGUGCACCUCUCACCUGAAGAGAGAAAAAAGGCCUUAUCCAUCAACAAGGCGUUAUCAAGAGCUAAACUUGCUGCACAGAGUGGUCAAGUUUCAUGUAGAGAGUUGAGAAACUCAGUCACUCAAGCAAUAUCUGAGUCCGGUGGUAAAAUUGAUUAUGCUGAGAUCGUGGACCAAGAAAGUCUGGAAGCAGUAGAAGAAAUUAAGCGACCUGUUGUAUUUUGCAUUGCUGCCUGGUUUGGAAAAGUUAGGCUGAUUGACAACAUUGAAAUCAAUGUAUAAAGAGCCUUCUAUUCUGUGGCAUAAGCAGACAGGUUAGAGAACGUGCUCAAAAUACAGUAUAGAACUGUAACUUGCAUUUACAAAACUUUGGUUGUCCACUGAUCACCUUUUCAAAUGUCUAAAGCAUGGGUGUUUCUUUCUUUCUUUUUCCCUUUUUGGUAACUUAAAGUGAAACGUGGAAGUAAAUAUCAACUUCUUGUUUGUUUCCCCAUAUUUGCUAAACAAAAUAUGCCUACAUUGAAGGAAAAGCCAAGACAAAUACAGUUUCAUUCUACACAUUUUUUUUUUUUUAAUUUAAACAAGUUUCAUUCUCCAUUGAUUGUUAAUAAAAGUUGAGUAUCUUCUCUUUUAA